GAAACCAAAUUAUAGAUCUGCCACACUAAAACAUUUCUCAGCAAAAAAAAAAAAAAAAAAAAAAAAAAGAAUUCGUAACCCGAUGAAUGACGAACUUGUUUUUCUUCAAGCUCUCACCGAUUAUACCAGCAAAACGCGAUUUUUUUUUCUGUUUGAACUACAUGAUCCGAUUGUAAUCGGUUAUACAUGUUCAUAGCUUGGCCAGUUGCUCGGAUUUGAAUCUAAUUUUGGGUCUAACCAUUUGAGCUUUAGUGUAUGAUCCUAUGAGGAAGGAAGUUUAUGUGGUUCGUAAGAAGAUUGAUAGUGUUAACAAAGAACUCAAACCCUUUAGGUUCCACUGUUCAAAAGAAGAAUCUUAAUUUGGACUUGUCAUGCAAUAUUGUAAAGCCGCUUCUAAGAUAGUCAAAAGAAACAACCAUGGAGAUAUUGAAAAGCUUUCUUCAUGGAUGUAAAAGGGAAAUCUUCUCAAAAGAUACAUUAACGACGAUUGACGAAAAUUUAGGAAUAUUCGAACUCAAGAUUUGCGGUUUUAUCACAGAAUUUUUUUAGGAAAGUCUCUAAUUAUUCGGAUCCAAAUAAUUUAUUCCAAUCCGGGUCGAAAUAAAUUAAUUCCGGGUCAAAAUUUUGACCCGAUUAGGGACCCAAAAACUGUUGCAAAAAUGUAUAGUAGAUAGUUAGCUGAGGAGAUUUGAAGUUUGGUUUAAUAUGAGCAGUAUUUGUGAGCUGAGUGAUGAUUUGCUCGUGAAGAUACUGUCAUUGCUUAAGACGAAAGAUGCUGUAGCCACGAGUUUUUUGUCAAAACGAUGGGUUUCUCUGUGGAAAAUGGUUCCAAGGCUUGACUAUGGUACUCCAUUGUACGCGAGAGGUUCAGAUUUUGUAAACAAAUUUCUGCUGCUAAGCAAGGCUCCAGUUCUAGAAACAAUGCAUCUCAGACUUGGGGAUGUUUGUGAACCUGAAGAACAUGAAAGAUGGGUUGAUAUUGCAGUAGCUAGACACGUGCGUGUUCUUGAGCUUAUCCAUUAUCGUUGCCAGUUCAAACCCAUGCCGUGUCCUGAGAGCUUGUUUACAUGUAAAGGCCUUGUGACUUUACGCCUUCAACAAGUGAUGAUUUGGGAUAUUCCUUCCACAAUCUUUCUCCAGUCCCUCAAGAAUCUCUCCCUUCUCUGUGUUGAAUUCCUCUCUGGGGAUGAACAUGUUAAUAGGCUUUUGUCCGCUUGCCCUGUCCUUGAAACACUGAUUGUUCAGCGAUGGCUCAUGGACUGUGUGACGACCUUCACAAUUGCGAUCCCGUCAUUGCAAAGCUUACAUAUCAUGCAAAGACCAGAUUUCCAUGGAACAACAGAUGGUCGCGAGUAUGUCGUCAGUACUCCUUCUUCUCUAAAGACUUUAAAAGUUCUAGAUAAAUUUAGUCGGUUCCGUUCAUUAGUGAAAAUGCCGAAGCUGGUGAAUGCAGAAAUCAAGAUUAGACAAGAGGACUCUAAUAAGAUUAUGGGAUGUCUAACCUCAUCCAAAUACCUCUCCUUAUGUCUAACCUCAGCGGGAGCAGUCUUAAUGGCAAAAUCUUGUGAGUUUCUCUGUCAGCUCGAGUAUCUAGAGCUAUAUAUGUACUAAAUGUUCAUCAGAUUGGUUAUGUCUUCUACUCAGCCAUUCCCCUAAACUGCGAGUUCUGAGGUUAAAUAAUCGAAACUGCGGCAGCUUCAGAGAUUUUGAAGCUCAGUGGAAGCAGCCGUUUUGUGUUCCUGAAUGUUUGGUGUCGAGUCUCAAAACUGUUGAGUGGAUUGGAUACAAGAAAACAGAAGCAGAGAAAGAAGCGGCUAUUUACAUCUUAGAGAUGGCAAGCCACCUCAAAAGGAUGACUCUAUAUCCCGAAAAAUCACCAAUUUGACCGAGAACCGUAUGCUGCUGAUAGAUUUGGUGUCCAGGCUGAGUUGUUCUAGCAAAUGUCAGCUUGAGGUUCUACCCUGAGCAGCAUUGAUAUGGUAAUGGAUUUUGGUUUCUUUAUCUUCGUAAGUUUUUUUCUCGGAUUUAGAUUUCUCAAUCAAAGACUUUUACUCAAAAGUUUGUUGUUGAUCUAGUCAAUCUAACAAAGCAGUUAGAAAGUUACACGAA